GAUUACAACCAACAAUAUUGUAAAUGAAGAUCUGAUUGAUAUUUUAAAAAAUAAUUACACAGUGUAUUUUUCUGAGAAGGAUCGAUCAAAAUUGGAGAUGCUUCGCGUAAUAUACAAAUGCAUAAUGAAAAGAUAAGCAUUAGCAUAAUUGUUAGUUUUCCUGCAGUUUAAACUUUGUUCUGAAAUGGAUAGCUCCUAUGGACAGGCUUCAAUUGAAAGCCUGAAACAGAAAGCAUCUGAAGCAGAGAAAAGGGGAAACCAUAAAGAGGCUCUUAAUAUUUACUCAGAUGCAUUAAGAGUUGCGACUCGAAGUAAACUUAACAACAUUGAAAUUGCAAACCUGCAUUGCUGGAGAUCUAAAGCAUAUCAUAAUCUUGGAAAGUACACGAAAAGCAUAGAGGAAGCAACUGAAUGUAUAAAACAAUGUCCAAAAUGGGCAAUGGGAUAUUACAGAGAAGGAAUGGCCCAAAAGAUGUUGAAGAAAUUUGUAAAUGCUUUACAGUGUUUCAUAAAAAGCAUAGAAGUCUCACAACAAACAGAUAAAAAAACAUCUUACCAAGCUUAUUUCUAUGCAGAAAUAAUUAGCAUAGUGUGUAAAAUAGAAGAUUUAGAGGAGUCAAUUGAUGUAGAUAAAAUGGUGCAAAAACCAGAAUCUGAUAAAUUAAAAGAAGCCAUACUACAGCAAUUAUCAACUACGCAAAAUUGGAAUGGUGUCAGUUAUGUUAUCAUAGGAAAUAUAACAGGAACUGACUUUGAACUUGCAGGUCUUUUCUCAAAAUGUUGUUGUCGUAAAAUUAAUGUGUGUGAUUUACUGAAAAAUACAUCGACAAAGCAAAAGAAAGAUUGGGGGUUGAAAUUGGCGAUAGAACUUUUGAAAAAUGGAGCUUUACUUGACAAUUUUGAAAGUGAAAUGCAACAAAACCGUAUUCAUUACGGAAUCCAGAUAUCUCUCGAAACAGUUAAAGUGGAUUUUUUGAAAUACCUGUUGUCAACUAGUUCAAGCUCACAGAGAAACAGUGUUGACAUAAAAGGGGACACAGGAUUGCAUUUUAUAGUGAAAAGCAAGGAUAUCCUGUCCACUACUCUCGGCGAUACUCUCCUCAGAUUGCUCGUCAACCAUGAAUGUGAAGUCAAUAUAAAAGACAGAUCUGGGAAAAUUUCAAUUGAAUAUGUGAAGAACACUGAUACAGCUUAUUCUGUUCUUCUGCCGAAGAGUGACAAGACAGUUAUAUUUCCUGAGAAGUUGAAAACUACAGAAAGUAAAAAUAUCGAUGAAAGUGCACCUGUUCCAUCAUCAACGGUAGGGAAGGAAGUAAUUUUCAACACGUGUAGAAAAUGCAGAGCUUUGUUUGUAAAAUGUAAAUCUACAAUCAUAAGAGAUACUGCGAAUACUUUUACAGAGUUGAUCAAAUUGUGCAAAAUCGAAAAUCACAAUUCAGAAAAACAUACGGAAAUUGUCGACAAGUGUAUCACAUUGAUAUCUGAUUCAAUUGAACAAACAGAUAGCUGUAGUCUUGAAAUUCUUAGAGCACUAUGUAGCUUACCUAACAAACUGUACAGACGAAUCAUUGAGGAUCUGGUGAAGCAGAGAAAAUGGUUACAACUGAACAGGAUUGUGAAUGAACAUUGGAAGGAAUCUAACGAGUACUGUUUCGCAGAUUUUGCCAAAAAUAUUGCCGUUGAUUCAGUUAUUACACAUCUGACAAAGAAAGAUGUUCCACAAGAAAUCAUUUUUGAGAUUGUCUCAAUGUUGAUUCAUAAUGGUUGCAUCUUACAUAAUGAUGGUAAAUCGUGUAUUAUAAAUGCUGUUCGAAGGAAACAUUAUCUUUUGCUAGAGAAGUUUAUUUGUGAACAAGAUGCGGAUCCUCGUCAUUUAAGUCUCUUGGUCGGUGAUACUCCUAUCCAUGCAGCUUUAGAAGUUGAUAUGAACUUAGAUAAAGGCACCCUAACGAUAUUUAAUAAGUGCUUAGAAUUAUUCGAAAAGGAACCUAAUGUAUAUGCAAAGUUAAACCCUCACCAACAUGAUGGAAAAGGAAACACUCUUUUUCACCUGGUAGCUCGACACAAGUUCAAUAAAACAUCAUUAAAGGCAACGGAAGUACUUGCUCAAAUGCAUGUUGAAUGCAAAGUACUAAAUUCUGAAGAUAAAUAUCCUCCAGAUUAUUUAAAAAUUACUGAUUCCCGAUUAAAGCUCAUCCAGCAUGCAACGUAUGUUGAAAAAGAGACUAAAGACAAAUCAAAAUCUGCGGAAUGUUCCUCAGAAAAGGAUAUCACAGUUGAUGCCAGAGAACAUCUAACAACCAAAGUCGAACAAAAUUCUGAACUGCAGUUCACUGAAAAUAAAAAAGAAGAAACAAGAGGAAAUAUUGAAAAUUCAAAUGUAAAUGCAACUAUGAAAGAUAAAAUCACAAAGUUUAUAGAUGAUUUGGAAGACCAAUCCGUUGACACUCCAUUUAGCAAAGAUACACUAGAAAAAAAAGAACCACAUGCUGAAAUUGUGCAGCAAGGGGAAGAUAUUGAAGCGCAAAAUGGACAAGGUCCUCCUGAUGUUAUAGACGCUACGAAAAAUGUUGAACUCGAAAACUUAUUGAAGUCAAUAGAUGACAAGCCAUGGGAAUUAGAAUGCACUUUUGAUUUGCGAAAAGCAAUGCAACGUAGCGAUAUUUCUACAGAUUUAAGGUGCACUAUUGCAGAAAGAAUAUUACAGUUGGCCUCAGGGGAAUAUACAAAGGAUGUAAAGAAAAGGCUAAAAACAAAUUCAGAAAAAGUAAAAUUAUAUGAGGCUAAGAUUUCAAAAGGCAGUAGGAUGAUUUGGGAAGAGGCAAUUUCAUUUUCCCAGCGUCUUUCAUCUUUGCCUGAAAACAGAUCAUUUUCAAUAUACGCACAGAUUAUACGGAUCUGGGAUAUUGUACUAGAUCAUAAAAAGAUUCAUCGAUCUGUGGAGAAAACAAUUGAGAGAAUUGAAAAUGCUCAUACCAAAGGAAAAUAUUGCCUUAUUCAGAAAAAGCUUAAACCAUACGGAAAACAUGGAAUUCUGGAAAAGAAUACUGAGUAUAAAUAUCCUAAACUAUAUGUUCCAUACAAAGAUGAUGAAGAUAUGCCCCCUGAUGAUAUAACAGUAUUGUAUCCACUUGCUAAUUCAAAGCCAAACGAAUAUAACACAGAAAAGUUUUAUGCCGUUUCGUCAACCCUAGCAGCAAACAUUCUGAAUUCUAUUUCAUUCAAUACCGAUUACCCGUUUCAGGUAACAGAAUUAGAAUACCAAAUGAUAAGUCUGCCUCAGUCUGCACCAAUUAUAUUGAUAGGUAGAAGUGGAACCGGGAAGACAACAUGCUGUCUGUACAGGCUGUGGAACACCUUUAAACAGUAUUGGUUGCAAACAAGUCUUUACAUUGAGCCACUUUUACCUGGUUUUAAAUGUAUAUCUGAUUACCCAAAUGCAUGCUCUUACAAGCUCACAAAAGAUGUCAAAAAUGUAGUUAAUGACGACAGCCCACAAGAUACUUGCCAAAGGGAACAGUUGGCUGAAAAUGUACAUCAUUUACACCAAAUAUUUGUAACAAAAAAUUCUUUCCUUUCUAAGGAAGUUCAUAGAACAUUCAAAGAAUUUCUAAAAGCCUAUAAAACUAAUGCAAAACACCUUCAAAUGACAAAUAAAGAGUUGCCAUAUCGGAUACAAGAUGUAAACGAUCACCAAUUUCCGCUUUUCAUCACAGCUCGUCAACUUUGGCUAAUGCUAGAUGCAACACUCGGUCCACCAUACUACUUUGAUAGGAAUAUUGAUGGAAGUCCAAAAUCUCAUAUGGAAGGAUGGACAAACGAUGACGACGAUGUUAUAGAUAUACUUCAUUCUUACGAAGACGGCAGCGACGAAAGUGGAAGUGAAGAUGAAAUUGAAUUACACGAAAUGGGUAGAAAAUUGAGAUUAAACAGAAAAGUGGACCCAAGAAGAGAAGUCACUUAUGAUGUUUUCGUUGAAAUAAUAUGGCCAAAAGUGAAAUUGAAUAGCAGCGAAAAGAAGUAUCAUCCGUCUCUCAUAUGGACAGAAAUUUUCUCAUUCCUUAAGGGUUCUUAUGAAGCAGUUUCAUCCGAAGAUGGAUUUUUAAAUGAGACAGAGUAUUCUAAAAUUGGUCGUAAACGUGCCCCUGCUUACAGUGAAGAAAGGGAAAAUAUAUAUCAAUUGUUUCAACUUUAUGAACGUUUUCGGAAAUCGAAAGGAUUUUUCGAUCAAACAGAUUUUAUUUUUAACUUACACAAAAGGUUUCAAAAUCAAAAGCACUUUCAUUGGAUUGUACAUCAGAUAUACAUUGACGAAACACAAGAUUUCACACAGGCAGAACUUUCUCUCUUGAUAAAGAUAUGCGGGCACCCCAGUGGUAUUUUUAUGACUGGUGAUACAGCUCAAAGUAUAAUGAAAGGUGUUUCUUUUAGAUUUGCCGAUUUAAUAAGCUUGUUUCGAGAUGUUGCUGACACAGAAAAGAAGAAACAGUCCAAGAUUUUGGAUAUUCCAAAGGAUGUUUACCAACUAACUCAUAAUUAUAGAUCACACACAGGAAUUGUAGCCUUGGCAUCUAGUAUUCUUGGUUUACUGACUGAAAUGUUUCCAGAGUCCUUUGACAAGCUUACGAAAGAACAAAGUCUAUUCCCUGGCCCAAAACCUGUUCUCAUAGAAUCUUGCAGAUUUCAGGAAUUAGCUGAAAUGAUUCAUCAACAUAAACGCAAAACAUCACAUAUUGAAUUUGGGGCCCAUCAAGCUAUCUUGGUUGUUGAUGAUGCAUCCAGGAAAAGUAUACCAGCAGAACUUUCUAAUGCUCUCGUUUUAACAAUAUAUGAAGCCAAAGGAUUAGAGUUUGACGAUGUUUUACUUUAUAAUGUAUUCAAACAUUCAAAGGCGUCCAAGGAUUGGAGAGUGGUCACAAGUUUUAUUAAAGAUGUACGAAAGUCUCAGUCAGUGGCAGUUGGUGGAAUUACAAGAUUAAGAGACGACAAUAUACGCACGAGACACUUGGAAUUUGAUCCACACCUGCAUAAAAUUCUCAAUUCGGAAUUAAAGCAGUUGUAUACAGCCGUUACACGAGCAAGGGUCAACGUUUGGAUAUUUGAUGAAGACGAAGACAUCAGACUACCGAUGUUUGAGUUUUUUAAUGCUUUAAAUCUGGUGCAAACAGUAUCAAACAUCUCAGAUAUUGAAUCCUUUGCAAAGCCGUCUUUAGAAGAAGACUGGAUAAAACGUGGAGAGGAAUUUAUGAGAAAUCAUUUAUACAGCUUUGCAACUGAUUGUUUCAAAAAAGGAGGAGAUGAAAAGAAAGAAAAACUUGCUGAUGCAUUCAUACAUUACGAGCAAGCAAGGCAAAAUCCAAAAGAAAUGAGAAAAAGCUUUUAUAAAUCAGCGGAGUUAUUCCUUGAGUUAGGGAAAUAUACCAAUGCAGGAAAGUGUCUGGAAAAUACAAAAGAUUUUCGACUAGCAGCACAGUUAUAUGAAAAACGUAACCAGCAUCGCAAAGCUGGCCAUAUGUACAAAAUUUUAAAAGAAACAGAGAAAAGUGCUAAAUGCUUCGAGCGCAUUGGAUACUAUAAUGAGGCAAUUGAAUGUUUCCUACAGCAAAACAUGUUUAAAGAAGCAAUGUUAGUGACUGAGAGGAACAAGUUGACAGAACAGGAAACAUAUGGUCCAAGAAGUAAUCAGUCAUUAAGAUCAAUAAGCGAAAGCUGGGCUGAAUUAUAUCACAGAAAGAAAGACCAAUCAGGAAUGAUGGUUAUUCUGAAGAAUCUUCCAAUUUCUGAACAAGUAGAAUUCUUAGAAAAACGCCAUACGGAGGCAAAUCAAUAUAUAUAUCAUGCCAAGAAUCUAUUUAUCAAAAAUGGUUUCAAGGCAAAAGCUGCAGAUUUGUGCCUACGCAAUGGACUCUUUACAGAUGCUUUCACGAUAUACAAGGAUAUAGGCGACAAAGAAAUGGCCGGUCGGUGUCUGAUUUAUGAAACUCGAGUCAAAAUGGAAUUAGGUCAGAUUUCUAAAUACUACUCAGAAGAUAAAUUACAUCAAGCAAUUAAAUUGUGUAGUACUAAUAAUGGCCUCCUAGGGGACGCAUAUUAUCUCCUUGGACUUCUUACUUCUAAAGAAAGAUACAUUCAAGAAGCUUUGCGUUUGUUUGAUACCUGUGAAGGGAAAGAGAUCGGUUUUCUUGAGAGUACAGAUUGGUUGAUGUGUUUUUCUAUCAGGAGUGAUAAGGAUAUCAUGAACAAACUAAUCAAAGGAAUGGUGCGUUUAUUUCAAGUGUUGACACUAUUAACGAGAAGUGCCAAUAAAAUAAACCAGCGCAUUUAUGCACAAUAUGGCGUAAAUGUUCAAACAGGGGGUGAAAAUGCAUUUUUUAACCCGAAACAAAAACCACUGAUCAUGAAGCUUCUUAGAAAAAAUCUCAUCCCAAAUAAAAACAAUCCACUGAAAGUAAAACUUCCGCUGCCAACAAUACGUUGUGAGAUCAUUUCAGAUAUACUAUCAAAAUGUACAGCAUGGUACAUCAAAAUAAAAGCAUAUCUUUAUGACGAACAAACAGCUUUACGAGUGUGCACAAGAUACAAAAAUGACCCGCUAAAAUGUUGUUGGUCGCAUUGCUGUAAGGGUCUACAUCGACCCAUGAAUAUAGUUGACUUUGGUAAACUUAUCAAAUCUGACAUAAUUCUAAUAGAGAUAGAAGACAUACUGGAUAGUGGCAUUAAAGAUCUAUCAAGUAUACUCAUGGGUAGAGAAAGAAAAGUGCUGGCUAAGCGCGAAUUACAACCAGACGUUUUCCUGCCGUGUAAAAGACUGUUGAAUGAUUUAGUUCAUUUAACUGCUUCUGUUGCUGAUUUCUAUAACGAAUCUAAUGCGUCUGCUAUUUGGUUUCUGAUUUCUGACAUAAAUGGUGUAAAAAGACAGUUACAAAAUUAUGUCACACAACAAUAUGUACAAUUACGCACAAACAAAGAGCAACAUAUGAGUUAUUUUUUGGAAGUCCUCACUUGCAUAAAAGUAUUUGGCAUCCAUGUUGAUGCUAAAAAAGACCUUUCAAAUUUUCUAGAUAUCGUUAAAACAGAAUUUGAUCAAGGAAAUGCUUCGCAAAAACAACUGAAAAAGUGUGGAUUUAUAUUUGAUACCAACACCGGAAAAUUCAUAUCAAGUCUAGCUCGACACUUUGUAGAUGCAUUUUAUGGACUUACCGAAACAAAAGACCCAUUCAAGGCGAUCAAAAUAUUUUCAAAUUAUCUGAUGAACACUACAACUGUUACACAUACAUGUUCACUUUCAGAACUUGGAUUGAAUUUGAUGUGGCUAAGAUUUUAUACUUUUAUUGGUUUCUGUCUGCUGUCAAAAUAUUCCCAUACAUCAUCGUUUUAUAUCCCAUCUUCAUUUCUAUCAAUUGUUCAAUUUAUCGAUAUGAGUGUAAAACCCUCAACAAAAUGUUCCACUGUGGAUCUUAUUGCUUUGUUUGGCGAUUUGUCGUUUGAUGUUGGUCACAAACUUGGUGAAAUAUUUAAAACAUUUAUACAGGUUACUACUGGAAUGCAAAGCAAAUCCAAUUUCCUCAAAACUAUAUUUAAUAAGCUUUAUGACAUCAGUUCUAGACAUCGAGACACAAAUUCUCUAGAUAGUGAACAGUCUAAUUCAGAAACUAAUAUCAUUUUAUUAGCAGAUGACAUCCUAACACUAUGCACGGUGUUUUUAGUCAACAUAAGAGGACUCUCCCUAUCUUACCUCGAAUCAGCUAUAGUUGAAAGGUUACUAACAAUUAAGUCAGAAAAUAAAUAUCCUGUUGGAAUGAAAACUUUCUUUAGAUCAUUCACCAGGACUAGUGACACUAAAUGCUUCGGGUUUUGCCUUCGGAACUUCCUGAAUCAAAAAGAAGAAAAACUCCUAAAAUGUACAUGGGAUGACAAGAAAAGGAUGUUAAAUGUUACUGAAAUCUUCUCAGAUUUGAUCGACACUUUCCAGAGUGAAAGUCAAAAAAGCAAAGCAUCGGCACACGUCACAUAUGCCGACACUGACCCAAUAACCGAACAAGCUGAUGAUAGUGACUUUUCAGAUGACGAAGAAUUAGGGAAUUGUAAAUAUAGUAAAGAAAAACAGUCAAGAUCAGCAAAGAUUAUAUGUUCAUUCUUGAAAAAUCUUGUAUUGCGAAGGAAACUGAAAGAAACCCAAAAUGAAAAGGAGAAACAUGUGAUGUGUAAUCUGUUACGUAACAUGACUAUAGUCGAUGACACACGGUGUGAUAUUUGUGGAAUAACUUUUCACAAUUCUAAGAAUGUUGAUGAGCUAAGUCGCCUUUUAGACACAGAUUUCCAUGUCUCUUUGCAAUCGUUACAACAUACGUUGCCCUCGGGUAAUAACAGCCAAAGUAGUAUAUCUAAAACCAACCUUUCCAAUCAUAUACAAAGCUCUCGCCAUAUAAUGAAGGAAGAGGAGUUCGAUACUUUUAAGAAUGAGUAUAAUAAACAUAUACAGCCAGUUGCAGCGAGAGCACACGCAUUAGUUACAAUUUACGACUUAGAGUCUUUAAACCUUUCUGAAUUUCGCGCAACAGAUAGUUCCCAAAUUAGACAAUUUGUCAAACUGUUUGAACGUUUGAAAGACGUAGUUGAAGACAUUGUAAAGGAAACAAGAUGGCAAUGGAAAGGAGGGAGUAGUUUGAUUGAAAUAGUUGUAGAACUUGAUUCCAUGGAAAACGCUGUAAGGGAAAUUGUCUUGCAUAAAAACAUGGAUACUGAACCGUCAGAGGAUUUUGAGGAACUCCAGUAUAGACCACUGAGCAGUAGAGCAAAGAAAACGAAAAGACAAAAGACCAGAUGGAACAAAUUAGAAUAAUAAGGGAUGAUGGUGUUCUCAUAAAGUUACAACAUUGUGCCAAAAACAGAUUUUUAUAUUAAAGUUCAUUGAUUAACGUUGUACAAUUACCAUGCAUAAUGUUUUUAAAUAUUCAAUUUAAAUGGUGGCAAUUUAAAUAAUUCAUCUUACAUCCAGA